AUGUUAGUUCAAAACAAAGUGAAAGUAGACAAAUUAUUACAAAACGGAGUUCCGAUUUACCUCUAUGAGCUUACGUAUCCGAAGCAUGCAGAUCACACCGAUGAUUUAUUCUACAUAAUGGGAGUUCAUCCAUUUGAACAGGAUGAAAACGAGAAAAAUAUUGGAGAAGUCUAUCGGACGAUGUUCACAAAUUUUAUAAAAACUGGAGAACCUGGAAUUGGAUUUGAGAGAUCGGAUCUGAGAACUUCUUCGUUCUUUGAUAUCUAUUAUAACGAAACGAAACAUCUGGAGACAGACCUAAAAUGA